UUUUCGAAAUUGCUUUCGCGUCAAUGCCAGCUGGCGUAUCAAGUAGCAGUAACAAUAAAGAAUGCAACAAAGUGUCUAGAUGUUCCAUGCCUGCUUAUAUAACGAUAACAAUAACUAACCUCAACCUCGAUGAUAGAAAGAAGCACAGGGAGUCUUGAAUCAGGCUUAGCUAUUAAUCUAUGGUCUACUUUCGCGUAAGAGCCGGGUCUGGCUUAGUCGAUGGAAGGAAAGUACAGUCGAAGUACAACAAGUAGAACUCGGUUAUAUGCAAAGAUUUUAGCCCGAAUAUACGCCAAGAAUCAUCCCCACUGGUUACUGUAUAGAUACUUGUGCAGCACCGCUUUGAAGUUCGGUGGCCGAGCGCCAGCGAUUCGAGAUGGGAUCGGUCGUUUCCUGGAAUGAAUUCCUGGCUUAACUCAGCAAGAUUUCUUUUUUUUUCUUUUUUUUUUUUUACAGGUAACAAAGUGGCGGGUAAUAGGGAAAUCUGUGUACGAUAGCGUACGGAAGGGGGAUGUUCUAUCGCGGUCAGAUCGAUAACACGAAGCCCAGAGGGCGGAUGGUGGAAUUAUUGCGAAGUCAGGAUACUUGUGGCGGGAUGCGCGCGUUCAAGUGAGAUCGACGAUCCGAAAAGUGGCACGGAAGGGCUUAAAGGGCAACCACUCGCGAUACAGGCGACCUGAAUUCUGAGGAGUCGGAAGGGAAGCUUUAAUUGCAAAGAGAACGAGGCAGCUGCGAAAUAGGUGGUAACUCCGAAGGGUUCACUGCCGAUCCAACCCGGAGGCUGCAGCAGCGAUCACCAUUAUCGGAAUAAUGAAGAGAGAAGCUGAUGCAGGCACGAUGACAGGUUCCGGAGGACCAACAAGUCCUCAUAAGCGUUACAGACAGGGUGACGAUGAACUCCGUCUUCUGAUACCCAGCAAGGUGGCCGGUUCGAUAAUCGGCAAGGGUGGCCAGAAUAUCACCAAACUCAGAAGUCAGUACAAAGCCUCAAUCAUUGUACCCGAUUGCCCCGGACCCGAACGGGUGCUUACCAUCAGCUCGGAUCUGACCACCGUUCUUCAGGUGUUGAACGAGGUCGUACCUAAUCUCGAGGAGAAUGGAUCUCGACACGGCAGCGAUGAGAUCGACGUGCGCAUGCUGGUGCACCAGAGCCAAGCUGGAUGCAUCAUCGGCAAAGGAGGCCUAAAGAUCAAGGAGCUCCGUGAGAAAACUGGAGCAAGGAUCAAGAUCUACUCGCACUGCUGCCCCCACAGCACGGAUCGGCUGAUCAGCAUCUGUGGGAAACCCAACACGUGCAUCGAGUGCAUUCGCGAGCUGAUCGCCACCAUUAAGACUUCGCCGUUGAAGGGCGUGAACAACCCCUACGAUCCGCACAACUUCGACGACUUCUACGCUGAAGACUACGGCGGCUAUGGAAGCGGCGAGGGAGGUCAGGGCAAAGGAGGUGGCUUUGGCGGAGGGCCGGGAGGCCGAGGAGGCGGUGGAGGCGGUGGCGGUGGUCGCGGUGGCGGAGGAAUGAUACCAAGACGCGAUCCUCGCAGUGACAACCGACCUUUCCCUAUACCGCCAAGUGGAUGCCUUCGAGGUGAGGGUGGUGGAGGCGGCGGAGGUGGUGGCGGUGGUGGUAUGUCCGGUGGACCACCCAAUCGCGGCUACGGAGGCAAUCGUGGCAGCGGAGGAGGCGGAGGUGGCGGCUACGAGGGUGGUCGAGGCGGAGGAUACGGAGGCAACAGGGGUGGACCUGGAGGACCACCGUACGGGGGUGGAAAUUACAAUGGCGAUGGAUGGGGUAUGCAAGGAGGCGGUGGAGGUGGUGGUGGAGGCGGAGGAGCGCCGAAUGGUUUGGGUGGCGGAGGCGGCGGCGGCGGCGGUGGAAACAACUCUGGAAUGAGUGGUCCACCCAUGGGUGGCGGUAACAAUCAAGGAAACCAGGGCAACAUGGGUGGAAACAAGACCAGCACUCAAGUCACCAUUCCUAAAGACCUUGCUGGAGCCAUUAUCGGCAAGGGAGGCGCCAGAAUCCGUAAAAUCAGAUCAGACAGUGGCGCUGGUAUCACUAUAGAUGAGCCGUUGCCCGGAAGCAACGAUCGCAUCAUCACCAUUUCCGGGAUGCCCAGUCAGAUACAAAUGGCCCAGUACCUGCUGCAGCAGAGCGUGCACGAGAAUGCAGACCAUUAUUAGGACGUGGUGAAGGAAGCAUUCGGGGGGAGCCAAAGAUGCGUUUGUAAUUUUUUUAGGGAUACUUCGCAAACGGGCAAGCAUAUUCACGCAAGAAGUGGAAACUGGAAACAUAAUAAACCUACGGACAUCAUCCGUACAAAGGAAAACCAUACGCACGGAAACACACAGGUUUCUUCUUGUGCGUUGCCAGACGAACAAAGCCUCUCUCAGGAAGUAAAACUCGAUCAGCCGGACUCGACAAGGAGAGAAUCAUAAUUUCGAUUCGAUGGAUCUGCCUACAAUGAAAAAAAAUAAUCAGUUCUACGCCUGCCUCUUUCAAGAACCAGAAAUCCAGGAACGUAAGCGACAUUUUUUCUCGUCUAAGAAAGGCCAAAGAAAAAAGCAUUGUUCCCGUACGCUGAAAAAUCGUUCUCGCGUACGCGUUUCAUUCCCCCCCUUCCCUAUUUUAUUUUUUAAUCGUUUUGUGACGCAUAACUUUUGUCGACGUCUCCGGACGAGCUUUGAUAAUCAUUUUUUCCGUUUACUUCCCCCACGUGUUUUUUUUUCUUUUUUCUUUUAAUACUAUUGCAAUCGGAGGAUUCGAGGCGACUGAAUCGCGCGCACGCGGUUCAUCGCAAUAUCGAAUUUUAAAGCGCACACAUUAUUGUCUACUUUUCCCUUCGCCUGCUCGCUACGGAAACCCAACGGUGGCUAAAUAAUAUCGUAACAGUAAAAAGCUUAUGGCAUAGGUCAUGUCGUUCUUACGAAGGGUAUCUACUCGUGCAUUUUGUAUUUCACACAAGUACUUCCGUUUCAUUAUAUUUUGGAUCCUGUCGAGGAGUCCGACACCUGAAAAUAAACAUUUAUAAUUAACAUAAAUGAAGCGCAAUACUUGGAAACUAAAUUUAUGCUGGAUAUCUUCCCGUGUGAAUUUAAUUUCCAUCUAUUAUGAUUUGGUAAUAUAAUACCAGGCGUAUUUAUUUUCAAAUGAUGGGCUACUGAAGAGGCUCCGAAAUAUGGAGAAACGGAACGUCGAAUCAUUUGAAUAUUCUCGAUCUACUAACACAAUACGAAACACAGUAAUUUUUCUUAUUAAAGAAUUUGGUAAAUAAGUAGCAUCCGCAAUUCAAAAAUUCUUUUGGUCGAGGAACCACCCUUCCGAGGUAUCUCGUACCUACCGAUAAUAGCCACUGAAGUAAUAGUUUCUUGUAGCGAAAGGGUUGGAGGCCGAUACGCUAAGAAUCAGUGGAAAAUUUAGCGGUAAGAUCAAAGGAAGGAACGGUUAACCGAGAGAAACAGAGAGUGGAGAAAGACAAAGAAACGUAGCGGGACAGAAUUAUUCUAGUACGCGGAAUAAAUUUUGUAUAUACAUAUAAAGAAAGAAAAAAAAACGAAAAGCUGCUACAAAAAAAAACACAGAAAAAAGGAGCCACUAACAGAUAUCCAUUUUCUUUCCUUAAUCGUCACGUACCCACGUUUCUGCUGUUGCAUCAUGAUUAUUAUUAUUAUUAUUAUUAUUAUUAUUAUUAUUAUUAUUAUUAUUACUGUACGAUUAUGAAUAAGAAUAAUUUUGCAUUAAUUAUAUUUCACUCCUUCCCCCAAAUCUCUUGUACUAAUGAUACCCUCAUUCGUAGAUCGAGCGCGUAACGGGCGUUCUUAACUUUACGCGGUAUAAUUGUUAAGUGUCUAGGAUUAUGUAAGAAAGCGUGUAUAAGCGAUACGAAAGGGGCACCAUCGGGAUAACGAAUCGCGGUGUGGUGAAAUAAAAAAAAAAAAGAAAA